GGCGGAUUAGACCCGCGCUUUUCUCAAUACAGCGGAGGAGAGAGGUGGUAACUCGAGCGAUAGCAGGGAUCACCCCGCCUGUGGUGUUUCUACAAGGGUGGCUCGUCUUCGGGAUUAAGGGAAUGUGGAGGCUGGCUAGGUGCCCUUUAAGCGCCCUCGCGGGGACGCCGACGCCGACAGGUUUUGGUGGAAUCAAAAUUCUCACUGCUGGUUACAGGAGCUAUGAUCCGCUUCCAGAUUAUACAGGAAUUGUCAUUCCUGAGAAACCCAAAUUAAAAAUUGUUGAGAGACAACCAAACUUGCUUAAGGUUAGGCGACAGCCCAAGAAUUUACGUGACAUCCGAGGUCCAUCUACAGAAGCCACUGAAUUUACUGAAGGAAAAUUUGGUAUUUUGGCUAUGGGUGGUGGCUAUCUCCGCUGGGUUCACUUUGAAGUGAUGCGUCUGAGUAUUAAUCGGCACAUGAAUCCCAAGACAAUGUUCGCUCUGUGGAGAGUCCCUGCUCCUUACAAACCCAUUACUCGCAAAGGACUAGGACACCGUAUGGGUGGUGGCAAAGGUGCAAUUGAUCACUAUGUGUCAGCAGUGAAAGCAGGUCGCCUGAUAGUGGAAAUUGGUGGGCAAUGUGAGUAUACUGAGGUGAAAUACUUCCUCACUCAAGUGGCCAAGAAACUGCCUUUCGAAGCCCAAGCAGUCAGCAAGGAAACCCUUCAAGAGAUGCGGGACAGAGAAGAGGAGAGGCGAUGUAAUAACCAGAAUCCAUGGACAUUUGAGCGCAUUAUUACUGCCAAUAUGCUGGGAAUACGGAAAUAUCUGAGCCCUUAUGACCUACAGUACAAGGGUCGCCACUGGGGAAAGUUCUUCCUGCCUGACAGGGUGUGAGUGGAGAUUUUAGGAACCUGAUCAAUUGUUGCAGCAAUUCUUUGAAAACUUUGUCUUUCUCUACAGAGAUAUUUGUGGGUGAAGAAUCAAAUGAGUGACUAUAUAUCUGGAAGUCCAAUAAGUAUGGGGAGGGUGAUGGAGUGGUGAUAAUGAUGUAGAACUUGGGUAAAUAAACUCAUUAUGGAAAUUUGUUAGUGUUUCAUAUUUAGACUUUCAUCUGACAAAUUCUGUGCACUUUUGAUUUGCAAAAAUAGUUGGGACAAAAUUAUCAAAAUCCAGUUUAAAUAAUUGGAUGUGUAAUGAGUUUGGUAAACAAAUUAUCUUCUCAUAAGCUGGAAGCAUUUUUCCUGUAAGCCACACAGCUCAAUAGACAUGCUGGGCAUUUUAGAACAUUUUAUGGGAAUUAUUUCCUAUUCACAAAAUGGCUGCUAUCUUUCUCAGUAGAAAUUUACCAGACAGUAACCAGUGAAGUACUUCCUACCCUUCCAGCAUACCCUUUUCUUUGAGUGAGUGUUCGUUUCCAAACACAAAGCAUGAUAUGGCUAUUCAUCAUUUGUAAUGGUAUGUGGGAAUGACUUUGGGAGAAGGAGGAAGAGCUGCAGCCCAGACAAGAAUCUUCCUCCUGUUUCCCAAGGACAUACCAUAUGCCAUCACACCAUUGUUAUUUACUACAAUAAAAAUGUAUCUGGGAUCAAUGUAGAAGUAAAAAUAAAGCUUCCAUUUGCUGCUGCUACUCAUGUGUUAAUUAAAAGACUAACAAAUACUAGUCAGUUGGUAUAGGCAGCCUUUAAUAAAAACUGGACAAUUCACAAUCCAUUGGGUCCUCAUUUCAGAGAUAUUUCCUUACAUAAACAAACAGUAUGACCACAGGAAGGCAAAGAAAAUCAAUGGGAGCAGGAGUGAUUUCCAAUUUCCUGUCAACUUCCCCAGUUUCCUUAUGGGACAUUGGCAGGAAGUGGGAAAUAGCCUUGCCACCCUCUUAUCUCCUUUCCUUCCUUGUCCUUCCUGCCUACCUUCCCUCUUUUUUUCCUCCUCCUCUCUGCCAGCAUUUCAAUUGACAAUAAAAAAAAGGUACUAUGUGGGUUGGAGCAAGGUGUGCAGCAUGGAUGAGGAAGAGUAGAUGGGAGUGCACAAGGGGUGCUCAGCAGGUCCGGGAAGUGUGGUGUGAGUUGGGGAGGAGGCACAAAGCUGCAUGAGGUGUUACACAGGACCAGAAGGAUGCAUGAGGGUGGUGCAUGGGUUUGGAAGUAUGUGCAAGGGUGUAUGAAUGGUGCCAGUUGGUUUAGGGUGUGGCAUGAUACAGCAUAGGUCGGAGAAGGUGCAGAAGAGGUGGAGGAAUCAAGGAGGGCAUGGGGAGUGUAGUGUAGGUUGAGCAGGGUGCACCAACAUGUGCAGAGACACCUUCUAGGUUGGGGAGUGUGUGCAGGAUUCAGCAUGAGUCAGGAAAGUUGUAUGAUUGAUUGGUGUGGCAUGAGCACAAAAAGGAAUGGGGAGAUUGUACACAUGGGAGAAAUGUACCUGAGCAAUAUGCAACCUCUACUGCCUGCUUCCCUGUUCCUGAUACUCUCUGCCAGCAUCCUACAAGCAAAGACAUGGUUUGUGGGAAAUUGGCAGGGAGCAUUGGAAAUUACAAUGUAACUGCAGUUGAUUAUGGCAGCACUAAGUCGCCACAAAUUUGCCACAUUUCAAUCCCACAGGAGUCAUGGGUCCCAGAUUUUGGUCGCAUUCUGUAAGUUAGCCCAUUUGAGGUAUGUUGAUUCAAAAAUUGUCCUGUGAUGUACUUCUUUGACCAAUUGAAUAUUACAAACAAACACAAACAUUUUAUUAGUAUAUAGAUUUUUUAAAAGUGUGCAUUUUUAUACUUUUACCCCCUGCUGUAAAUUUAGAUGGAAAAGAAGUUAUUCCAGUAUUUGGAACUGAAUUGGGAAGAUCCUAAGACCCAAAUUUCUUUUCUCGCUCCACAUACUACUGUAUCUGAGUAAUUCUUUAUUGACUUAGUCCAUCACACGAUUCUCAAGAAAUAAACUUUUUAUUCAG